GUGCUGGGACUGGGGCACUUAAACCUCUGUCAGAUGAAGGGAACCAGCAGAACUAAAGCCAUCAGACUGAGGAAUUCAGGAAUGGACAUUAUUAUGUCUUUCUGGGCGGUUUUGGUGUUUCUCUUGUGUGCCCCCCCUUAUCUGCUGACUUCUGCUGCUGCUAUAAAAACUACCCAAAUUGAUAAUUGUAGCAGUGAGAAAGGCCUCACAUUUACCCAUGUGUAUAGCAGCCCUGGCGAGGAGAAUGAGAAGCUUCAAACAGUGCAUUCAGAUGAGCAGAAUCUUGUCUUUAGGCAUUAUAUCCAUCUCCAAAACCCUGCAGCAGACUGUGAGAAAAACAAGCUACUUAAUGACCUGCUGUCCAGACUACAAGCUUUAGAAGUGGAGAUGAAAGAAUUAAAGGAGAAGUGUGAUGGGUGCUGUGGAGGAUCAGGGGCCUGCCAUAACUGCAAUGGACAUGGAAGGUUUCUUCCACAAUUGGGUCAUUGCCAGUGUGAUGAAGGCUGGGAGGGGGAUGACUGUUCUACAAAGAGUUGCCCUAACAACUGUGCAGGGAAUGGGAAAUGUAUUGAUGGUGUUUGCCAGUGCGCACCAGGCUAUAGUGGUCCAGACUGCAGUGAGAAGGUGUGUCCCUUUGAUUGUGGUAAGUAUGGAACAUGUGAAGAUGGCUCCUGUAAAUGUGCAGAAGGGUACACUGGCCCAGCAUGUAGAAAGAAAAAAUGUCCCUUCGACUGUGGUGAAUUUGGGACUUGUGUUGAUGGUACCUGCCAGUGCUCAGAGGGGUACACUGGGCCAGCAUGCAGAAAAAAGAAGUGUCCUUUAGACUGUGGUGAACAUGGAAAGUGUAUUGAUGGAUCUUGCAAAUGUUCAGAGGGAUACAAGGGCGUGGACUGCAAAGAAAAGAAGUGUGCUGUUGACUGUGGCCCCAAUGGACGAUGUGUUGAUGGACAAUGUGUUUGCAACGAUGGUUUCAUGGGAAGCAGUUGUUCAAUAGAAAUCGCUAGUCUCUGCAGUGGACACGGCAAGUACCUAAUGGACACUGGUGGUUGUCAGUGUGAUGAUGGCUGGGAGGGAACUGACUGUUCACAGAGAAGUUGUCCAAAUAAUUGUGACAAUAAUGGGGUAUGUGUUGAUGGAGUAUGCCAGUGCUUCAGUGGUUACACUGGCCUAGACUGCAGUGAGAGGGAGUGUCCAUUUGAUUGUGGAGAGCAUGGCAGUUGUGUUGAUGGAGCUUGCAAGUGCUCAGUUGGAUACACCGGGCUGACUUGCAGAGAAGAAGACUGCCUUGUGAAUUGUGGUGAAAAUGGGCGCUGCGAUGGUGGCCAGUGCUUCUGCGAGGAGGGAUUUAUUGGGGAAGAUUGUUCUGAAGUGAUUACAGUGCAGAAUUUACAUUUGAUCAGUGCUACAGAGGAUUCACUGAGCAUCGCUUGGGAUAUGUUGCUUGAAGUGGAUUAUUACUUGCUUGUAUAUUACCCCUUGGACAAUGAAGGCUUAAAAAAGGAAAUACAAGUAUCUGUAGACAAGGAUACAUACCAAAUCAUGGGUUUGAAUCCUGGUACCAAAUAUAAGGUGCUCAUGUACAAUGCAAAGAAUGGAGUGACCAGCCAGCCAGCAGAACUGCUUGCCAAAACAGAUAGUAUUUCACUGGGGACUCUGUGGGUUGCAGAAGAGACAGAAGACUCUUUGGAAGUAGAAUGGGAAAAUCCCAUUGUAAAUGUGGAUCAUUACAAACUGAAGUAUGCUCAGCAGCUGAAUGGGGCUGAGAGAGAAGUUAUAGUGUCACAAAGCCAAGACCCUAAGAGCAGGUACACCAUCACAGGUCUGCAGCCUAGCACAUCCUAUCAGAUAAGUGUCCAGACUGUCAGAAGUGGUCUAGAGGGAAAGCCAUCUACUGCAGUUGGGGUUACAGGGAUUGAUGGUCCUAAAAAUUUAGUGACCACAGAGGUGGGUGAGGAUACAGCCAGCCUGUCCUGGAAAGGAUCCCAAGCAGACAUAGAUAAAUAUAUGCUGAGAUAUUCGGCACAUGAUGGGAUCGCUGAAGAGAUAUCCUUGGGCAAAGAGAAGAUUUCAACAUCUCUGAGUAACCUAACGCCUGGCACAGAAUACAUGUUUCAUCUGUGGGCAGAAAAAGGCACCCAACAAAGCAAGAGAACCAGUGUCACAGCAGUGACUGAGAUCGACCCACCAAAGAAUCUGCAAUAUUCUAAAUCACAACCGCAAGCCUCUCUUACCUGGAAUCAACCUAUUGCACAAAUUGAUGGCUAUGUUUUAGUCUUGGAAGACUCUGAUGGAGGCCAGCAGGAGAUUCAGCUGGAUUCUACAGUAAAUAAUUUUGAACUACAAGACCUGAAUAAAGGGCUAAAGUACACAGUCUACCUGCUAGCUUAUAGAGGAGACCGUCGGAGCAGACAAGUCACCACCAGCUUUUAUACAGAUAUUGACCCCCCAACAAACCUGCAAUCUUUUGAUGUUACGCAGACUGAAGCCUCCCUCACGUGGACUCCACCAAGGGCAAAGAUAGAUGGCUACAUACUCACUUAUACGGAUGCAGAUGGCAGCACAGAGGAGAUUCAGCUGGAUUCUUCAAGUAAAAGUUUUGCCAUGAAAAACUUGAAGAAAGGAUUAAAGUACACAGUUUACUUGACAGCUUUCAAAGGAGACAGUAGGAGCAGCCAGGCCAGUACCAUAUUCAGUACAGUUGCCUUUAUUAUCACCCACCCAUCUGACUGCAUUCAAAUCCAACUAAGUGGAAACAGACAAAGUGGUGUAUACACUAUCUACCCAGGUGGUGAUACGGCAAAAGGAGUCAGAGUUUAUUGUGAUCAAGAGACUGAUGGUGGAGGAUGGAUUGUCUUUCAGAGAAGAAACAGUGGAAAGCUUGACUUUUACCAGCGAUGGAGAACUUAUGUGGAGGGAUUUGGUGAUCCAAGUGAUGAAUUCUGGCUUGGUCUUGAGUGGAUACAUAAGCUGACUUCUUCUCCAGGCAAUAACUAUGAAAUACGUGUAGAUCUGCGUGCUGGGGAUGAGUCGGUCUAUGCUUUUUACCGCAAUUUCCGGGUGGGCUCUUCAAAAGACAGGUAUAAACUGUCCAUCAGUGACUACUCUGGCACUGCAGGUGAUGGACUUACAUAUCACAACGGCUGGAAGUUCAGUACAUGGGACAAAGAUAAUGACAUUGCACUUACUAACUGUGCCCUCUCACAUCGUGGAGCCUUUUGGUAUAAAAACUGUCACCUUGCCAACCUGAAUGGGCAGUAUGGAGAAACUGGUCACAGCCAGGGUGUAAAUUGGGAGCCAUGGAAAGGACAUGAGUUUUCUGUCCCCUUUGUUGAAAUGAAGAUGCGUCCCAAUCUAAAGUCCUAGAUAAAGUAUAAAAGAAUGUGAUGGAAGUAGCGUCAGACAUUUACUGUACAUGUAACAUACACAUGAGGAGUGAUAUCCAGUUUUGUUCUCUCAAACACUUACCUUCAUCAGCUUUAUAUGUAGUAGGCCUGAAGCAUAUCAUCCAGCGUUAUAUUGUUCCAAAUGCUGCCAUUCAUCGCUAGUACCAGAUACCAAUGUGCGGCUGUACAAAAGCAAUCACCUGGAUGCUUUUAUUAUGCACAUAGAUAAAAUGUAUUUGUUAAGUGAAGCAAAUACUAAUUCUUCCAUGUAUAUGUGACAAUAGAAACAGAAUUCUGGUACUGCUUUCUUCUACAGCAACUUUAGCUACGGGUUUCCCAUGAGCAAGUUCUUUAUGUGUAACAUUUGUAAAUAGUAUUUUUUUUUUAUUAAAUAAAGUGCUUUAGUUAGUGGCAAAGAAACCUUUGUGAUGCCAAAUAUUCCAAGUUCUUUUAAGCCUGCAUCAACUGUGUUAAAAAUAAAGAAAUCAAACAUGGAUAUUAAA